AUGGUGCCCGACACCGAGUUCUCUGAGGCACUUAGUAAGCCUCUCAAUGUUAUUCAACAGAUUCACAACGAUGCGCAGGACAAGUCGCCCUCCAAUAUUACGAAACUCGUCGAAACACACUUCCGUCACCUGUUUGCUUCACCCGAUGCGAGUGCAAAGAUCCCGCUGUUGUCGCCGGAUAACAUCAGCCAGCUGCUGCCACCUUUGAAUACUGAUGCGCCGAUUGCGCACCGGUUGGUUCGCUUUCGCGCAAUGAUCCAGGACACGGGUCUCGGGACAGAGGUGUUCCUGGCAAAGCACCAGCACGCUGGACGCACAUUUACAGGUCUGUAUGGCGGCGAAGCAAGCAUUGGAAACUCAUCUGAUUCCUCGAACCAAGCGGAUCAUAACGAGCUAGAUCAUCAAAAUCUAGCUGAAAGGACGGUCAUGUAUGUGGUAUCGCUACCUGGCCAGUCUGUAUGGGCGGCAAACGCACAUCGCGAAGCCAUUGCAGGACCAAAUUCUGACCCUUCCUUGGACGAACUAGUCAUGGAUACUUCAGCGGUAUCCCUCAACGAGGCAGUAUCGCCGAAAAGGGUACAAGAAGUUCGCGAACGCAUUCGCAAAGCGGUCGCAAAGGGCAAAAAGAUUGGUUCGGCAGGCAAGGAGCCACGACUGGUCGCCAUUUCAAAACUUCAUCCUCCCUCUGCUAUCCUUGCAGCCUACAGGCAGGCCGGACAACUCCACUUUGGCGAGAACUAUGUGCAAGAGAUGGUCGAUAAGGCCAAGGUGCUUCCACGCGAGAUUCGUUGGCACUUUGUCGGUGGUUUGCAGAGCAACAAGGGCAAGCUGCUAGCCUCGAUUCCAAAUCUGUAUCUACUUGAAACGCUCGACUCGGUCAAGGCUGCCAACGUGCUGCAAAAGGCACUUGCGUCGCCGGAUGCUGCUAAACGUGACGAACCUUUGCGCGUCUACCUCCAGGUCAACACCAGCGGAGAGGAAGCCAAGAGUGGUCUCGCACCCAUUCUGGCUGUGGAUGCUGAGCAAGCCAGGGAGAGCGACUUGCUCCAACUGGCUGUUCACGUUAUCACAAAGUGUCCCAACCUGCGCCUGCGUGGUGUUAUGACUAUCGGUGCAGCCGCCAAUAGCUCAAGCGCCGAUGCUGAGGCAGCCAAGAGCGUCGACGAGAUCGUGUCUGCCAACCCAGACUUUGAGAGGCUCAUCCAGACGCGUGCCAAUCUUGUGCAGCUACUCCGCAAAAGCGAAAAGGUGCAGACGGCAGAUGCAUCGCACAUUAAGGAGGCAUAUAGCGAGCUCUUGGACGGUUCCGAUGCGCAUGGCGGUCUCGAACUUAGCAUGGGUAUGUCCGCGGAUAUGGAUGUAGCGACCAUGGCUGGCAGUGAUAACGUGCGAGUGGGUACGGACUGCUUCGGCCGCCGUCCUGCGACGAGAGAAGAAGCCAUGAGCGCUAUGAAGCACGAGCUCGAAGUUGGGCCGGAGGCUGCUGCAGCCGAGUCUACUCAUCAGCGUGGCUCGCAGAGUCUGUUGGCUUCAUCCACAACGGCCGAUGCGCGCAUGCCAAACUUGUGCCGCGCCUACCUUGCCAAGUCUCCGCUUCCCGAUACUCCGCACGUUGGUGGAUUGGUCAAGCUAUACGACCUGGAUGCAGCGGAAAAGUUCAAGACGACCGAGCUCAUUGAAGUGGUAGGAAUCCUUGAAACGGCUGCUCUUCCUCAAGCUGAAUGGCAAGACACUGGCUCCGCUGCUGCAUCGUCGUCCGAGCCUGCGCAGGUGCCUUGCAUCCACGCAAUCUAUGCUGCCCCUGCGGAACUCGACUCUAUCGGUUCGGAGGAAUCAUCGUCAACGCCCGACGCAAAUGUUCUGUCUCAGCCGACGCAGAGGCAGGCUCUGAUCGAUUUCCUCGCUGGUGCGCUGGGCGGUGACAAGGUCGCCGCUGAGCUGGUACUGUUAGCUGUGAUCGCUCGCAUUCACGUUCGUCGCGCAAAUCUCUGCCUUGGCGCGCUCACGCUGAACGUUUCAAACUUCGCAGCACCGCCUUCGUCGUCGUCGCAGACUCAGUUGUCACUUCGACUGAAACAGCUGCUCCCUGCGGUGGUGGACGUUUCUAUGGACCUUGGUGCACUCAACGAUGAUAAGAGGCCACUCUACCCCAAGAGUGCCGGAGGGGCCACCGGUCUCGAAGCAGGGCAACUUCAACUGGUCAAUGGGACGACAAUCCUCGUCAAUGAAGGCGCCAUGGGCGAGGGACAGCUCAAAGACACCGGCAUUCACAACAUCAAAGCACUUUCCUCGGUACUGGAAUCAUACAAGCUUCCGUAUGCUUUUCCCUACUCGGAGUUUGAGUUCGACACGGAUCUCAACGCUGUGAUUCUCAGUCAGGGUAAGAGCUUCUUGCCCUUUGAUGUUCAGUGCCCUUUGCAGCCGAUGGAUGGAGCUGUGGAGCUGUACUCGAGCUCGCUUCCUCAGGUCGACCAAGCUCAACUAUGGACAUGGAGAAAAGCUCUCUCGAACGCUCGAAAUCUUGCAACUGCUAAAGCAUUCGUGAUUCCCGAGAGCGUCAGUGAGCACAUCCAGCAAGAAUUUGUGGCCGAGAGGCGAAAGGAGCAAGAGGAUGCAAAGCACUCGCACGGUGGUGUGGGCAGCAAAGCAGAAGGGCUAGGUCAAGAGGAUUUACUGCGAAGGAUGUCGAUCGUUCGACUGCUCGCAUUGUCAUACGGAGAAAAGAGUCUGAGCAUCGAGACGUGGAGUAAAGCUGUCGAGUUGGACAAGCUGCUUGCGCAGCGUGUGACUGCAGUCCAACAGCAACAGCAGCGAUCGCAGCAUGCUUCUGCCACCAUGUCUGGCGCUGCCAGUGUGUCUCGCUGA